AUGAAUCCUGCUGAAAAUGAUAUAUUGGAUUACAAUUACCCAUAUGAUGAAUUACCUCAACUUAAAGAACUACUUGAAAAAUGGGGUUUACAGUGUGUUUAUCAAACCUGUGUGGAUCAAUUGAUAGAUAUUAAAAUGCUAUCUAUUAUGAAAACAUAUCAUGUCGAGAAACUAUUAUCGAAAUUCCCUUGGGGAAUAAUUUUUAAAUUUGAAUUCGAACUUACAAAAUGGCAAACAAAUAAUAGUAUUGUAACUGUAAGUAAUGACCAUAAUAGUAGUACAAAUUUGGGUGAAAUUGUGUUGUGCUCUUCAAGCACACCAAUUGUAGAAUAUUUUCACAAAUCCCCAAAUAUCAAAUAUCAAUUGAAAGUAGAUGAAGUCUUGAACUCUACUACACAAGGUGCUCUAAUAUUAAGUUAUUAUGAGAAAAAUAAUAAACUGAAUGAUGGCAUUCGAUCAACGCUAGUCGACAUCCUCAUUGGAAGUGUACUAUCUCAAAAAUUACCAAUGUCUGUCAUCUUGGCAGAAUCAAUUGCCGAUCAAAUUGUAGUGAUGUUUAAAUCAGAAGUAAAGGAUGUAUAUUUUAUGAAAAUUGGAAAUAAUAAGAACCCAAAAGGAAAGCUAUAUGCAAAAUAUUACAAUUGUCUGAGAAAUUUAAAAAAUAAUGGAUUAGUCCCCACGUCAGCAGUGAAGCAUAAAACAUAUAAUGACAAACACCAGAAAACCAAUUGGACUGAAAGAGAAUUUGUUUCUGAAAUUGAAAUUGAUGGUAUACUUGAUAUUCUUAAACAUGGUAAUAGUACAUUCCCAGAAUUAGAAUCAAUGUGGAAUGCAACCAUAAAUUAUCGUCUGAAUAAUAUAAAAUGUGCUACAUCAACUGCAGAUAUUUUAAAAACCUGGAAACAUUAUUUACUCCCAUAUGGGCAUAAACUAAUUGAUAUUGAUUAUAACGCUUUAUUUCCAAUUACUAAUAAUAUUUACCAUGAUUUCAAUGAUAAAGCAGAAAAAAUUAUCAAAUUGCUCGAUGAAAAAGUCAAAGAUACUAAUUGCCGUAAAAUACUAGAAAACUUAGUAUCAAAUAAUAACGACAUUGAUAUGAACGAAAAUGUCAAAAAUGCUGCACUAUUUUAUUUGUUGCAUGCUAUGUUUGCGCCAACGUCAAGAAAAGUGACUACAGACAGUAACGGCAAGAAAAAUAUGGUCAAAUACUCUAUCAAAGAUUCUCAAGAUAGCUUCAUAGUAUUCAAAGAAUCUGUAGAAGCCCAGCAACAUCAUCUUGAGCAACUUCGAAACCGAGGGAUUCCUAUACAACCAUUCAUCCUGAUUGUCGGUACAAUGAAUGUUCAGAAAGAAAUACUAGUGUAUUUUGACUCUGUAAUGUAUAAAGUUCAUUCAGUGCUUAGAUCUAUAGAAGUAUGCUUUAAAAUAUUCCAUUUAUUUAAUCUGGAAUAUCCGUCUCAAUCUGCUAUUGUAUGGCAAUUUAUUCAAAAAUAUUUCUUUUGUGUACAUUCGAGAUAUGAUACACCUUUUCCUAAAUUGGUUCAAAUUUUAGCUGAACUUAAUCAAUAA